AUGACUAGACAGAAUCUGCGCCUAGUCACAGGCAUUCUGACUGGUCAUUGCCAAGUACAAAAGCAUCUCCAUAUCAUGGGGCUGUCAGAAUCCGCACUCUGCAGAGGGUGCGAACAAGAAGAUGAGACCAUCGAGCAUAUCCUUUACGAUUGCUUGACGCUCUCAUUUAUUAGAAAAUUUGUGUUUGGCGAGUAUCGGCUAACACCGGCUGCUAUAAGAGAAGCCCCUCUUGGCGACGUUGUCAACUACAUUAAAUAUAAAGCAUGCCAAAUAAGAUGGAAGAAUAUCCGCGAUUAUUACCAAAAGAAAAAACGCGAAGUAAUGAAAGGACAGAAAGCUGGCUCGGUCGGGAACAGUAAUUUAGAAAAUUUUCAUGCCAAAUACAAACAAUUGAGCUUCCUUGACAAUACGUCAAUUGUAGAGAGAAGGUCUAUCAGUAGCCUCAGUGAAAGCCAAAACUAUCCAGAUACGCAAAGUGAACAAUCAGGUAGUAUUUUCGUUAAAUCACAAGACGUAGUUGGCGAAUCACAAGCAGUUUUGAGCGAUAUGGAGGAUUCUGAGAUGGCCGACUCCCAAGCUUCUCUUGUUACUGAGACUCCUUUCAAUACACAGGAACCUCACGAGGACCAAGAACCUCACGAAAACCAACCUACAAGAGUGGAAGAACCUAACACACCUGUGACUAUUCCAUCCAAACGCAAAAGAAAGUCAGUAUCAAAAGACCGAAGUGCUGCAGUGCUAGAAGAAAUUAGGAGAGGCCGGACUGAAAGAAACAAAAUGAUGAAGGACUUGUUAAGGGAACUACGUAGCAAUACAAAAGAUGAUACCCCAAUUUCAAUGUUUUUUCACAGCAUUACUUUAACAGUUGAACAGUUUCCUCCAGAUUUACAAACAAGUGCAAAAGUUAAGGUACUGCAGGUCAUUUCAGAUCUAGAAUUUGAACACCAACAAAGAACUAUGAUAGCCCACGGAUCCCAAUGUGCUUCAACUGGUGCUUCAACUAGAUCAUCAUAUUCUGUUCCAACACCACAAUUUUUGUCACCUCCUGACCAAUCGAUCCCCUUAACUGCCGUUGCAUCACCGUCAUAUUUAAUACAUUCUGACCAAUCGAGAUCCUCAAGUGCAGCUUCCUAUUUACAAUCCUUUUCACCACAAGGCAGCCCGAUGUCACCAGUAAUUCAGUAAAUGUGAAUUUAUUAGGUACAAAAUAAGUAAAUAUAGAAUAAGUUCAGUUUAUUUUUGUUAAAGUUGUGAAUAUACUAAUUAUUGAUUAAAA